AUGCUAAGUUCAUUGCCCUUCGAACCCCUUCAGGAAGCUUUGCAUCGAUCUCAACAGCACCUUCCUCUAGGCCCCUCAUCAACUUUAUGGUUUAAAGAGAGUCCAGAUGCAAGUAGGGAACUGAUUCGACCUCGAGCAUGGGACCUUCUUGAUACCAACCUCAGAAGCUUAUCCUCUCCCGCUUCAGCGCUUUGGUUGUCGGUGCUGAGGGGUGUGUUUGAUUGCCGAAGGCAUCUUGGUCUUGUGGAUGGCUUUGGACGCUGUUUAUUAUUAUUAACUAAGUUACUCGAUUCUCUUUUGGUACCCUUAAAAAACUUCACAAACCACAAGGCAGUCUUUGGGUUAGGUGAUCCCCACCAUAGUGUACUCGCACAGCAGCGCGUAUUGCGGUUAUUGAUGCAGCAUCGUGGUAUACUUCUCUAUGACAAGGCCCCAUCGGAAGAGAAUGGGAGCGUAGUAGGGGUGGAUUGGCUCGAUCGAAUUACGCACGAUACGAUUCUAGAACUGGCACAACGGGGUGAUUUUUUCUUUUUAGGAUCCUGUACGUCUGAUGUGGAGGGGGUAUCCCCCCAUACGCAGCAGGAUCCGACGUCUCCAUCGUUGUAUGCCUUGGUGGCCGGCUCCGCCUACCACCUUCUGGCGACUGAAGUUGAGGGUGAGGUCAGGGAUACGCUGCAUCAGGUUCUCAUGGAGUUUCUCUUCUCUGAUGAGACGAUCGAUGGACCGGUUCAGGCAUCCACUCCAACUCAUCUUCCCCUUUCCUCGUCGUCGAUGGAGCGCGGGCCGACGGUGGAGCGACUGAGGCUCCGCUUAGCGACCUUGGACUCCACCUGGGACGGGGUGGUUUGCUUUGCGAAUGCCCUGUCCUCCCGCACGCCCUUUUCCUCCACGGCGCGGGAGGUGGGGCCGACGUUCGAGGCCGCGGUGAGCGGGUCGCGGGUGUUGCCGCGUUCCGUCUUCCUGUUGCCGGUGGUCGGGGGGUCUCCCACUGUGUCGUGGGCUAAGGCCUUCUUUACUCUCCCCGCCCGAUCGUGUGGGUCGUGGUUUGGGCAGUUCAGGCCUUCUUCCAUCGCUCGGGAUGACCCCCCGGUGGGGGUUCUCUUACUCCGUUUGGACCCCGCCGGGGAAUGGCUGCCCCAGGUGGAGGACCUCUACAACACCCAGACCUUCCUUUCCUAUUACUGUAACGAGGCCCAGGGGAUUCACGCAGACGAUGCAUCCCACCUCUCCCCACGUGAAGCCGAGGGGAGGGGGGGAGGGCGUGGGAAAGGUCUGGAUCGCGAUGAGAUCGACGACGAAGAGUCGUUUUACGAAAUGCAGGCUCGGCAAAUCGGUAUAACUCGUUGUGUUCAAUCCGAUCCUGAGGGUUACCGAGGAGGGGAAUGGAAUUCAGAGUCUGAGCUCGGCACGGACAGACGCUAUGACAUUGGUGAAAGCACCGAAGAAAAAAUUUUCGAGGGCCUUGUAGAUCGUGCGUGCAGGCAAUUGUUGUCUUCAUAUCGAGGGAAAGAAGAUGAGGCAUGUGGGACGCAGCAUAUUGAAUUUUGCGCUGCGCUUCGUCUUUUCAUUUGGUGUUUUUUGCACGACGUGCGUGUUGUUCUUACCCCGGAGUGUGUGCCGCCACUAUUCAAGCGCUUCAGUGAACUGUACGGCGAUGCCUUAUGGCGUCACCUGAACCAUACAGAAGUUAUAUGGCUUGGAAAAGAGGAGCGCUCGCUUGCCGAGAAAGCUGAAGACGAAUCAAUGGUUCGGAUAAUCGACGGGCUGCAUUUAGAGUGCUUUGAGCGGCUGCUGAUCGCCGUUCCAUGUCUUCAUGAGCCUAGCAAGCAUCCGGAACGUUUCGUGGCGAGAUCAGCCGCGGUUUUGAGUCGAAACCGUCUACGUUUGCCCUCUGUAGUAGAGGACGCGCUGUUGAAGGUUUCUGAGUGUACGCUGACCUCUGUGGAGGAGGUGCUGCGGUAUAAAUCGGUCCAGAAAUGGCCGAUGAUGGAUAUCAUUAAUUCGGUAACCGAUCCUUCUACAACAAAGCAAUUGGUGUGUGGGCUGAGGCUAGUGGAACCACCUAUAUUGGGUGAACGACGGUGGGUGCCAUCUUCGCUCGUGGGAUCGAUUCUUAUUGCUGCACCUACACGUGGAUUGGAGCAGCGUUGGAUAAGACUCCUGAGAAAAUGUAUCACUACUUUGCGCGGCAUCUUUCAUAAUCCAUCUCAUCAUUCUCAUUGCUUGUCAUGGAAGGGAGUGAAAAAUUCAGGGAGUGAAACAGGUGUCGUAAGAGCGGGAGGAGCAUUUUUCUUUGGUUUCCAUCGUUGUUUAAAGCGGCAAAUUUCUGCAUUAAGCAGUGGCCACUGUGGCAGUUCCUUUUCUUGUCUUCCAGUGUUGAUUCACACGCUGGAUCAGCUGGCUUCGGCGUGCUUCGCGUUGCCGCAGCAUUUGGCAAAACAUAUUACGGCGAACUCAACUUUUAAUUAUCCUACUAGCGGUGAAAACAAGCCUCAGGGACCCCGUGCACGUGGGCGCCUUUGGUGGCUUGCAACCCAGCACGCGGCAGGACUGGAUAUGCCUUUGGAAGAUCCUGAAUUGCAUGUAUUCUUGCGAAGCUUCCACGAGAGAGCUGAUAUACUUUUGCGUAGUGUGCAAAUCCCAAACUUCGAGGACAAGUUCUCAACAGAAGACAAAUAUACCUUCAAUGUUGAUAAAACUCAUUUGAGCAAUCCGUCCGGGCGUACGUGUUACUCACACAGCUCGUAUAACCAGGCACUUCGUCUUUUUGCAAGCGAUCUUGUUUUUUUUUCUCCUUUGGACUCUACAGGCGAAGUUAAAAGCAGCGAGGAUCAGUACAAGAUGCCCCGAUGGAUGUUUGUCGAGGCGAUUGAGCCGAAUCGAGAAGCUGUGCGUUUGGCCUUGAUUGCAUGCUAUUUGAUAGCGAUCACAUUAUAG